UUCAAUUUUUCUUCGUAUGUUGGCAAUGUUUGGGUCGCUCGAAACCAUGGAUAACUCGAGCAUUUUGCUCAUCCCCUUGCGGCCUCGAGCGAGCGGUGUUUCACUGUACAUAAUUUUGUAAUUAAUGUUUACUUUCUUAUGUUGUAAGUGUACCCAUCAGACAUGGGUUCCUUGAACAUAAAAUGGGAUCCAAAGAAUUUGGAAAUCAGAACAAAGUCUGUAGAAAAGACAUUGGAGCCAUUGGUGACACAGGUGACCACUUUAGUUAACCAGAAAGGUCCAUCAAGUAAGAAGAAAGGUCGAUCAAAGAAGGGACAUGUCCUUGCUGCUGCUGUUCAGAAAGCCACACAAAACUUCGUUGAGAAAGGAGAGGAGAUUGCAAGAGAAAACCCAGAUGUCAAAGAAGAUAUGCUAGCUGCUGUUGAUGAAGUCAGAAAAACAGGAGAAGCUAUGGGUGUGGCCUCUGAGGAGUUUGCAGCAGACCCUUGUUCCUCUAUGAAACGUGGUGCGAUGGUGCGUGCAGCACGUGCUCUGUUAUCUGCAGUGACGAGACUGCUUAUCCUAGCUGAUAUGGUAGAUGUACAUCUCCUGUUAAAAUCUCUUCGAGUUGUUGAGAAUGAUUUAGAUCGUAUUCGUAAUGCCUCUAGUCAACAAGAGUUAAUGGACAGCUUUAAGGAGUUUGGAAAGAGUGUAGUAGAACUUUCUGAAAGGGCUGCACAGAGACAGGCUGAUUUGAAGGACCCAAGGAGACGUGACGACCUUGCAGCAUCAAGGGCAACACUGAAGAAAAGUAGCAUGAUGCUGUUAACUGCAUCUAAAGCCUAUGUGCGUCAUCCAGAGCUUGCUGCUGCCAGAGCUAACAGGGACUGGGCAUAUGAACAGCUGUGUGAUGCUGUAAACACAAUAUCUGGUGUUGCCCAGGCAACGGGGCAGUCAAGUGCACAUCCCUAUGAAGGUGCUGGAGAACUUGCUGCUGCACUUGAUGAACUCAUGCAAAAAGUCAUCAUGGAUCCAUUGACAUACAAUGAGGUUCGUAUGCGGCCAUCCCUCGAGGAGAGACUCGAGAGCAUCAUCAGUGGAGCAGCUUUAAUGGCAGAUUCAGCAUGUACCAGGGACGACCGCCGAGAGAGAAUUGUCCAGGAGUGUAACGCUGUGCGCCAAGCUCUGCAAGACCUGCUGACAGAAUAUAUGAACAAUUGUCGACCAAAGUUUCCUAUAAGAAAAACUAGAUUCAAGGCUGGCAGAUCAGAACCAAGUGAGGCCCUGGACAGGGCAAUUGACAACAUGCAGAAGAAAACAAAAGAUUUAAGAAGACAGUUACGUAAAGCAGUAGUUGACCAUGUCUCUGAUUCAUUCCUCGAGACAAAUGUACCACUCCUUGUUCUGAUAGAGGCAGCUAAGGCAGGAGAUGAGAAAGGAGUAGAAGAGUAUGCCCAGGUGUUUGCUGACCACGCUAACAAACUUGUGGAGGUAGCUAACCUGGCCUGUUCUAUGUCUAGUAAUGAGGAAGGUGUCAAGAUGGUCAGACUGGCAGCUUCAGAAAUAGAAAAACUUUGUCCACAGGUAAUCAAUGCUGCUAGAGUGUUGGCAGCAAGACCGAGGUCAAAGGUUGCCCAGGAGAACAUGGACGUGUUCAAGGAUGCAUGGGAGAACCAGGUACGACUACUUACAGACGCAGUGGAUGAUAUCACAACCAUUGAUGAUUUCUUAGCAGUUUCAGAGAGCCAUAUUUUGGAGGAUGUGAAUCGUUGUGUGUUUGCCCUGCAAGAAGGCGAUGCCGACACAUUGGACCGCACAGCUGGAGCUAUACGAGGUCGUUCAGCACGGGUGUGCAAUGUUGUAUCAGCCGAGAUGGACAAUUAUGAACCGGGACCAUAUACAGAUAGAGUGAUGGAGGCAGUUAUACUACUGAGGGACCAAGUGAUGCCAAACUUUGCCGAGAAGGUUGAAAUUGCAGUAGACUGUCUGUCACAGAAUAUGCCAGACAGGAUAGAUGAGAAUGAAUUUAUAGAUGCCAGCAGGCUGGUAUAUGAUGGAGUUAGAGACAUAAGACAAGCUGUACUCAUGAACAGGGCCCCAGAGGAGCUGGAUACAGACACAGAUCUGGAAGAUGAAGCAGACCAUUAUGAUACUAGAAGUAGAUCGAGUUACCAGACAGAUGUAGAUGAUCUACAUGGAAAAUCUGAUAGAGCUCUUAUGAGAGAAUUACCCCAAGAGGAGAGAGAACAGAUUCAGGCACAAUUUGAAAUGUUCCGAAUGGAGAAAGCAAAGCUUGACCGGGAAGUUGCUAAAUGGGACGACAGUGGUAACGAUAUUAUUGUCAUGGCAAAACAGAUGUGUAUGAUCAUGAUGGAAAUGACAGAUUUCACAAGAGGACGUGGUCCAUUAAAGAGCACAAUGGACGUAAUCAAUGCUGCAAAGAAAAUUUCAGAAGCUGGAACAAAAUUGGAUAAUCUUGCCACAAAAAUUGCUGACCAGUGUCCUGAUUCAGCAUCAAAGAAAGACUUGAUGGCAUAUCUACAGAGAAUAGCACUGUAUUGUCAUCAGCUGAAUAUCACCAGUAAGGUCAAGGCUGAUGUACAGAGUGUGGGUGGGGAACUUAUUGUCUCUGGGUUGGACAGUGCCACGUCAUUGAUCCAGGCUGCGAAGAACCUGAUGAAUGCUGUUGUUCUUACAGUCAAAGCCUGCUAUGUCGCUUCUACAAAGUAUAAACAAGCUGGAAAAACAAAUAUAGUUGCUUGGAAGAUGAAGCCCCCAGAGAAGAAGCCGCUUGUAAGGAAAGAAGAUCCCAUAGAAUUUCACAGUAGAAUCAGUAAGAGUGCUGGCAAGAAGAGAAUUGAACCAAUUAAAGCAUUGAAUGAAUUCCAGGAAGUAGACAUGGAUAGUUUCUGCUGAUAAUAGUGCUCCACAUAGUAGUGAAUAUUUCAAUCGGAUUGUUUUACAAGUAUUCUUGUAGGAAGGCAGUUGCUUGGCAACAUAGGAAUGAAUAAAUGUAUACCAUAAUGUGUACAAGCAACAAACUGGAAUUUUCUAUUCAGAGAGAAACAUAUUUCUUGGCAUGUUAAACAGUAAAUAUGUUGUUUAUUGGAGGAUAAAAGCCAUUGUAAUCUGAGUUUACACAUGGCCUGUGAUGGUGGUUUUGGGCUAUGUAGAAUAGAGCAUUAGCGCAUAUCAUACUAAAUGGGUGCAUGCUUUCAUUUUUCACAUAAUAUCAAGAGAAUGUAAAUAGUUAUAAUGUGAUCCAAACAUCAGUUAUACAGUCGUCAUUGCCACAUGCAUAUAGCGUGUCAUAACAUAUUUUAUUCAAGUGAAAAAGUUCAAAGUUCUGUUUUUUAAAUACAACACUAAACAUGUGUACAAAUACUCUGGUUGGCAUAUCAUAUAGUGUAUGUGUAAGUUGAAAAUGGGACCAGAAUUGCAUUAAUAACAUCAGACAAUUCUUUAAAGGGUCAACACUCACUGGUAUUACAGUAAGGAUAUGUAGCUGGUGCUAUGUAACUUUAUACCCCUGUAUGGGCUAAAAAUACACCAGAGUGUGUUUAUACCAGUUGAUAAAUUCUACAUGCAUACUGAUCAAGGGCAGAUAACAGAAGUUAUGACAUCGUAUUUUUUAUAGAAGAUGUAUGUAAAUGCUACAUGCUUAUGACUGUGCUUUUAGGCACAACAGUAAAAUGGACUAUAUCUGAUAUAAACAAACUGAAGAGAUUUGUUAUUUGAAUUUGCACUGUACUUGCAGAUGAUAGUUUCAGUUGUACAUAAAGUUUUGUGAAAACCCCUUGGUAGGAUUAUCCCAGUAAAACAGUCUUCAUGGAAUAUUUCCUCACAAAUCAUCAGUAUGCAAUACAAUGAAUAAUGUUGAGAGUUAAACUGUGAGUAGCUUCCAGAGAAAACAGUAUUUAUCUCUUAGCCUGCUAAAUUUAUAAAAUGGACUGGUCCAUCAUUCAAUUUGGAAAAUACCAUUUAUUAUUCGAAAGGGAGUUCAGUGAAAAUUUACUGACUGAAUAGCGAACAGUGUAGACCAUGAUCAGCCAGCACAGAUGUGCAGGCUGAUCUUGGUCUGCACUGGCUGCAAAGGCAGAAUCACUUGUUGCCAGCAGGCUAAAGGUUAUUGCAAAGGUUGUGUCUAAAAUUAUUUACUAUUUACAUAUACCUAGGAACAAGCUGAUCCAUUCCAUGUUGUGUUUAUUUCCAGUGUUUCUACGGGCUUAUUUGAUAUAGUUCUGUUUGAAGAAACAUUGAAAAAGUAUUUUGUCAAUAGCAAUAUUAAAGAUCCUUCAAUUCCUCUUUAAAUAAAUAGUAUUUAGAAGCUUUACAUAUGCUUUUUGUCUUACUUAUAUAAAGAAAGUUACAAAAAAUAAUACAGAAAUCAAUUGAUGUUUGAAUUAUGAAUAGGGAAGUAUUUUACUGUUUUUUUGUUAUGAUAUAUAUUGUGUGUCUUCCUGGGUACGAGUUUUUGUUAUUUUUAUGAACAAAUGAUUUUAAUGUGUUUAUAUAUAUUAUAUAUAGCAUUUGUCUUUCUAGCAUGCAGUUGUGACAUUUACGUUUUUAGAUAUUUUUCUUAUAUUAAAUACCAAGUAUUGUAAAAGUAAAAUGUUUAAAGGAGAAUAUAAAGAUAUUACUAAUUCUGUUCUCCUGCACAUUUUUGUAAUAUAAUAUCUGAACUUUCUGUACUGUUUUGUAUUUAGAUAUCUUACUUAAAGCAUGAUUUCUGGUUUAUGGAAAAUUUGGUCACAACAAAAGUAUUCUGGUUAUUUCCCUUGUAUCAGUGCUACAGCAAACAUUUUUGCAUUUUUUUUCCGAUUUAUUUUUACCUAGAAAAUCUAUGAUCAGGCUUUAUGAUUACUGUAAAUUAUGUAUUAUUAUGUUUUAACAGAUCAUGUAAGUUAUAAAACGAGGAGACAAAACUGUUUGUUUUUCUGUAAAUUAAAAGUAUGAGUUUUAUUUAAAGACAGAUUUAAUUUUCUCAUUCAUUUUGUUUUUUUUUUUUUUCUUGAAAACGUUGACAUAAAACAGAAUCUCAUUGUCAUUUCACCAUGGAAACUCAGCCACCUGUACUAGUUCAUGUCAUGGUUCAUCUUUUGCUGAAACAAGAACUGUUAUCUUUUGUUUCAAGUGAUUUUGAGUUGUUGAGUAUUGACAUAACUGAAUUUACGCAUGAUAACCGAAUGUUUUUGUAUGAAAUUUAUAUUGCAUUGGUUGUGAUUGACACUUUAUAUUUUUUUCAUUGGACUUCAUAAAAUAUUUAGAUUUUAAUGUU